AUGAAACUUCUUAACAGGGAAGAGAGAGAAGCUCAUGCUACACACGUUGCCUUUGAGGGUCUAAAUGGCCUUCUUGUGGGUGGAUUCCUUUCCUUAGGUGCCUUUGCAUACCUCAAAAUGAAGCAUCCCGUGAAGUUUAAGCUGUUCAACACCUCCAUCAAGGCUUGUAUCUUGAUUAUGCCAACAGUCAGUUGCUGUGCAUUCUAUGCUGACCAGGGUUCCGUUCAAUUUGAUAAAGCGAUGCGUUCAAGCCCUAAAAAUGAAGAAAUGAUCAUGAACCGUUUCAGAGAAUGGAAGCGGAAGUCCACCCUCGGGAAGAUAGGCGAAUACGCGAGAGGCCACAAGCUUACAGUAGCAAUGGGUACUUGGGCUGCUUCCAUUGGUGGAUAUUACGGCUAUCUCAAGCAGGAUAUUGGGAUCAGUGAGACACAACGGAUGAUAAAAAUGAGCAAAUUCAAUGUGCCUGCCUCGGCUAUCAUCCUCGCAGCUACCACUGCAGCAGUUUAUGCUGACAAGGCUGGAGUGAAGUCGAAGAAGGAACUUUGA